UUCCUCCAAAACCAACCGACGACCAACCGCUUGAAAUCGAUCGGUUGCAGCGGGCGCUCUGUCCGUCGUCGUCUAUAUAGCCUCGCCUCGCCUUCCUCCUCCCCCAUCCUUUCUCAUACGUAGCUUCCUUCCAUCCGCCCUCUCCCUCUCUUCUUCCUUCCUGGGUGCGCUCGCGGUUCUUGCGAAGCUGUUCUACCGAGAGGCGAGAUGGCGGACAAGGGGAAGGGGAAAGCCGACGCCCGGUAUGAGCCAUGGCAGCGGCGGCGUCAGGGUGCAGCGGGGACGGAGACUGAAGCCGUCGACGACACUGCCGGUACUUCGUUUCUUGCAGCUCCCGGUGGCGGGGGCGGGUCGGGUCCCUCUCAGUCGCAAUGGAGGCUACCAACGCCGGUGGGCAAUUUAGCUCUGGGUCGCGGGGGCGGGUCAGUGCACGCGGGGUUCUCUCAGUUUCCACCGACGAGGCAGCCGGUGGGCAAUUUAGCAGACAACGGGCCCCCGCAGCACGCGCAGAUCGGCAACGCCGGUGCGCCUCAGGGUCACGGCAGUACUGUCAUUGAUCAGCAGCGCCUCCGCGGCCAGCCUUCUUCUUCACGGGCAAGAGCACCAGGAUGCUCUUGUUGCGGCGGAGCGCCCGCCACGCGGAUUGUUCUCAAGAUACCCAUGUGCGAGGCUUGCUACAGGGAUGCAUUCAUGGGCAACGCGCCUCAGCAGCACGCGCAGAUUGGCUACGCCGGUGCGCCUCGGGGAGCAGUGCGCAAUCCAGCCCACAAUGGGCCUCCGCAGCACGCGCAGAUGGGGCCUCCAUCCCUCCACACCUUGGCACCGCCACCGGAGCGGCAGUCUUCUUCACGGGCAAGGGAGCAGCAGCUCCAGGUCCAGGCUGAGCUGCAAGCGCUGGAUGCGAUGAGGCUGCAGGUGGCCAAUAUUCUGAACAACCCUUUUUCGCUCGUCGGAUCGGGCCCGGCGAACCCAGCGCCUCAGUGGCAGUCUUCUUCACCAGGACCAGGAUGUUACAGCAAUAUCUUCACCGGCAACCAGGGUCACGGCAGUGCUGCCAUUGAUCAGCAGCGCCAGCUCGACCUCCUCCUCAGCACGCGCGGAUCGCCUCCAAGCUUCCGAGUCCAGUCCCCACUCCCAGCAACGUGCUGGCCGGCAAUGCGUCUCUGAGUCCAGUUCCCACUCCCAGCAACGCCGACGCGCCUCAGGGUCAGCAGCAGUACCGGGAUCCGGUGGUGGAGCUGCUGGCGGCGACCGAGCCUUCUCCUCCGGCGGGUUCUCAGCGUGCGGCCUACUCGAGGUGCGAGGCUUGCCGCCUCUCAGGCGACCCCGGCCCACCGCUGCCACCGCCAGGGCAGAGCUAGGUAGCUCAUCUCACCUGAACUAUGGGAGCAGACUGCUUAACUGCUGAGCCUUUUCUGCUUUGCUCUGUUUUGACACAACAGAUGAUUCCUGUGAUGUGGCCAAAUGUGGCAAUGCUUGAUACUUGA